AUGUCCAAAGGCCACUCGAUCCUCCGCGACACCGCCUCCGUCGCGGAGUGGAGCGACGACAUCAAGGAGCAGGUGAAGCAGAAGAUCAUCACGACAGGCAGCGCAGGCCUGCCCAGCAGGGGCGACGACAACAGCGGCGGCGACGCUGGCGGCGACGGGCCACUCGCCAGAACCACCAUCGACGAUCUCCCGGCAGAAAAGAUCACGGAUGCGCUGUACACGCUGGACAGGCAGGCGGCGGCGGGCGCCACCGGGCUCACGCCCGCGACCCUGGCGCAGCUGCACGAGCACGGAGCAUCCCUGCCGAAGCUGGUCAACGCGCUAUAUCAUGGCAAGUUUCGGAAGCGCAUGCCACUCCUCAUGGGUGGACGCGUGGUGCCGCUGACGAAGAGCAAUGGCGGCAUCCGACCUGUGGUCCCCAUGGACAGCAUCGCCAAGCUCCUGGAGAAGACGGUCUUCAGCGCGCACAAGGCCGAGAUCGCCGACGCCCUAUGCCCGCACCAACUCGGCGUCGGCAUCCCCGCCGGCACAGAGUGCAUCGUGCAUGGCCUGCGUGAGUACCUGCGGGCCCACCGGGACCACGUGGCGCAGGCGCUCGACAUCUCCAACGCCUUUGGCGCAGUGACGCGACGCUCAAUCUACGACGCCAUCAGCCGCCGCUUCCCGAGCCUCGCACAUUGCUUCCUGGCGACGUACGGCCAGGCACCGGUCGUCGUCACGCCGGGUGGCGACACCCUCCACAUGCGCGAUGGCAUCGCGCAGGGCGGUCCGCUCUCACCGGCGUAUUUUGCCCUCGCCACGAUCCACGCGCUGAAGGAAACCGACAAGGCCCACCCCACGGUCACCGUCGUCGCGUACCUUGAUGACACCUACAUCGUUGGCCCGCGCGAUGACGUCAAGGCGGCCGCGGAGCGGCUCGACAUGGAGAUCCGCCGGACGGGGCUGAAGAUCAAUGAAGACAAGACGGUCGUCAUCCCCUACGGCGACCAGACCGCGAAAGUGCUGGGCGUCCCCCUCUUCGGGCCAUACGAGGCAUCCCACCUCGACGAGACACGGAGGGCUCUCGACCUGGCGAGCGCCCACUUGCCGGCGCAACUGGUCUUCCAGUUCCUUCGGUACUGCAUUACGACCAAGUCCGGCUACUUCAUGCGCACGACCCGUCGGUCGAAGGAGCACUGCGAAGCGCUCGACGACAUUAUCGCGGAGCAGCUUCGGCGCAUGAUGGGCGCCUUCAAGCCCCUGUCAUCGCGGGCCCUGACGCGGGCACGACGACCCAUCAAACAAGGAGGCCUUGGGCUACGGAGGCAGACAAGCGUCGCCCCCGCCGCCUUCCUCGGCUCCGUCUGCAGCUUCAGCAAGAGCCCUCACCACCCUUUCCAAGCAUACACCACGCCGGGCGCCGAAUUGGAGGCGGAGAUAGCGCAAGCCAUCGCGGAUCUGCACCUCGGCGACGACGGCCCCCGUGACACGAGGGACGUUCUAAACCACGACGCUCGCAGCUUGCAGCAGUUCCUGACCCAGAUCAUGGACAGGAAGACGGGCUGGGACGAGAACCCACGCAACCGAGCCAUUCAACGAGGAGCCAGCCUGCACGGCGGCUACGAGUGGCUCCUGGCCCUGCCCAGCUGCAAGGACCUACGGAUGUCGGACAAGGUGUUUCGGUUUGCUCUGAGCCAGCGGAUUCGGACACCUUGCUCCGAGUCGCGUGCAUCAGGCAGCUGCUACUGCUGCGGGCGCGAGAUGAAGCUGGACCACGCAGAAGUCUGCGACUCCACAAGAACGGGCCGGCACGACUACAUGCAGAACGCCAUUGCCCGGGCCUUCAUGCAGCUCAACCGCCGCGCGACACAAGAGCCCUCCGGCUUCCCAGGCGCAGGCGGCAAGCGCGGUGACAUCCUCAGCUUCGACAAGUCUGGCGAUUACACCGUGUUUGACCUCGUGUUUGCCGCCCCCGCGGCCAGCUCGUACCAACCACAGGCCGCCAAAGUCAACCUCUACGCGGCGUCGCAGGCGGAACAACGCAAGAUCAAGAAGUACCAGGCCAUCCUACGCGACCAGGGCGACUUCAAAUUUGUGCCGAUUGCGAUCGAGGCCGGCUCGGGCGCCUGGGGCUCGAAGUUCCGGAAGUUCUUCAGCAGCGACCUUAUGUCCACGACGGACCCACAAACACCACCACACGUGCGCACUUUUACCUCCAUGCACAGCAGCACGUACUGGCGGCAAGUGUUGUCCAUCGCGAGAUGCAAGGCUGAGUGCUACGCGAACCUCCGGUGCAUCGGCCAGAUGCCUCACGACAAGCGGGGCAAAAACCAGCCGGGCUCGAGCACCCAGACGGUACAACGAGCGCGCGCUCAAGCCCAGCGCAACCACCAACAGGGCAAGCGCACCCGCAAGCGCAAGCAUCCGCAGACCACACCCCCCGGCCACAGCGGCCAGCGCAGCAAUGACAGCAACAACGGCACUGCUGCCACCGCCGCUGCCACCGCCACCACCGACAACGAUGAGGGACAGCCACGCAGCGCCCCAGUGACCUCACGAAGCCCGGGUGGCCCGGCCGCAACAGAGCCCCCUGCAACUGUCUAA